CCUACUCCCCCACGGCAUUCGAAAGCUCUUUUAAUUCUCUUUUUAACCAUGAUGUGCUUACCAUACUUACUAAGAAGCGUCCAUUGGGGACAAAGACAUACUAGCUGUUUGAGUGAGUUGAACCUCUCUUGAUGUUCUACAUGUUUUUCUACUGUGUGUGGAUUUUGGGACAUCUAAUUACUGUGUAAUGACUAGUGGGAUUAAAAAAUUCACUUUGUACUACCAGUACAGCUCCAAUUACACGUGUUGAAGCAAAAAUAAGACAGUGAGGAGCACGUGUGCGCAAAACUAUUUGGUCACCCCCCAGACCCCCCGUCCUCUUUGAGAAGCUAUUACAGUCAAAACUAUUUUAGUCUUUUUAAUGGUUCGACUUCCAUGAUUGUAUUUCAUCUUAAAUCCUACUGUCAACACAGUACAGUACCGUAGAAGGUUGUACACUACGGUAGGCAAAAUAAUUUUUGGGAUGCGAAAGACAAUGGUUCCCGCGAGAAUUUCCCCCCGCUUACUGUUAUUUUGUUAUUUUGUACCAUUGCAGACAAUCGCAUCGGAAGACGCUUACGUCAUCAUUCGCAAUCCGUAUCCUUAUCAAAAUAAAAUACAGUACAUUAGUACCAUAGUACCAUAUGUACUAUCAGGACCGUACAACAUUGAUUUACAGUUAAAAUCUGACGACAUGAAAGAACCAAUAAGAACAGAGCAUGUCACGAUGUCGUUUUACCGAAAACCGUAAACGUAAACCGUUGGGAAAGGGAACAAUAUCUGUCGUGCAAAUUGGAACACUGAAACCGAAAAAUUACAGUAUUCUGUAGUCGGACUCGUACGAACCUCGAGCGCUCCUUGUGUCAAACACGAGUUUUUACUCAUCGAAAAAGGAACAAUGUUUUGACACUUUCAAUUUGUUUCUUCGGGAGAAUUAUCAACAAGAACAAAGGAACUAGAAAAAGCUGGAAUAUUUGAGGAGCAAGAUAGAUUUCAUUUCGGUAAUUAAAGCAAAGGAGUGAAACGACCAGAUACUUCCCUUUUCGCUUCAUAACGCGGGUGUUCUUUUCAUCAGAUUGCGUUCGCAAGCCAAAACGAUGACGAGGUUUUCCUCUUCGAGUAAAACGGUGUUUUUUUUUUCAUCCAGUCACUCGUUGCGAUCUGCGAUGACGUUGAUUGUGAUGGUGAUAAUUUUGGAUGCCACGUUGGGAUUUCAGAACAAUUUUGUUCGCAUCCAGAAUCCRUCGCUGGUUGGAAAAUCAAUCCCACUGAUGACACCGGGUGGAAAACAUAGUCUUAUGAACACCGUUUUUUUCAAUCUCCCCAGUGGUAUGGAGGAAGAUCCUCUGGAAGGAGAUCGCAGACAAAGAGAUCGUUUUACGUACGAGAAAAGAUACGUUGCGCAUAAAAAGAAGGACCCAGAACCGUCACCGCCAACAACCUCGAAUCAACAACAGCCAGAAAAACCGCGCCUCGUGAGGCCAAGGAAUGCAAACGAAUCUACUAAUGGGAAUGAACGCAAGGCCACAACAACAACUGUGGGAGGUGUCAACAUGGAAUUGAAGGAUCCUAAGGAGCGCGUUCUUGUGAGACAUGCUACGGCCUCUUCGGCAUAUGCGGUAGAUGCUUUCAAAGGUAAAAAGAAAAAAAUUAUUAAGCCAUGGAGGUCUGGUAGGAAAAAGCAUAAAAAAUGGCAAAACAACACUGGCGGACUCGGGCGAGAGGCAUACGGCGAAGAACUGAGAAUUGAAUUGAAAAACAAACCAAAGAGAAAACGUCUGGUUGUUGCUCAAUCGGGCAAUGCAGAUGCCGCGAAGUCUUUGAUUUCGGGAGGAUCUCUUUCGGCUGAAGAUGUCGCCGAGGAAAGACGCUAUAGACUGAGAAAGGAACGUGACCCCAACGGUAAGAUCAUCUACGACAAGGACGACGAUGAAGACGAUUAUGAUGAAUUCGGUAACUACAUCGGCGACCUUGAUGACGUCGUCGACGAAGGUAACGUUGGCGUUGCCGACGAACUAGAAGGCGAGAGAUAUGCUGACGACAACGAAGGCAUACCGAAUUUAGUUCGACAGAAAAAGUCUAUGGUUAGGCAGCCGGAAGAUGAAGGUACUGAGUCGCCAAAUUUGGUGAGGCUCUCGACCUCAAUGGUAAGACAGCCUAAGGAUGACAAGGAUGACGAACCAAACUUAGUUCGACUCUCAUCAUCUGUAGUCAGGAAAUCCGACGAUGAAAGCGAAAGCGGACGGAACCUCGUAAGGCUCGAUUCUUCGAUAGUGAAAGAACCAGAAGAAAAAGCUGAAGGAGAGCUCAGAUUUUACUCUCGGACUGAAACUGUAGACGAAGAAAAUGAUGAAGGAAAUCAGCGCCUCGUCAGAGCCGUUCCGGCAUCCCCAUCGUCUUCUCGUAAUGGACCAAAAUUGGUACGACCAAACUUCAUGAAAGAGAGAGAUACUGGACCAAAACUGACCAAACCGAACAUUGUUAGAGCKAAAGCACGUGGUCCGAAACUGGUAAAACCUAACCUCUUCCGCGAAAAGGAUGUAGGACCGAAGCUAGUUCGACCAAAUAUCCAGAAGAAAAAAGUGCCUGAACGAAAACUUGUGAGGCCGAAGAUGCAACCUGAUGUCUCCUCUAACGACGAAACGGGUUCGUCGACUGGAAAACAUCGUUUGGUUUCACCAUCAUCUUCAACAGUUAGUAAAAAUGAUUCUCCAAUUCAAGAUUUCAUGUACGGAGCAAACGCUGCUACUAUAAACCCUACGAGUGYCCUUCUUAAGGUCAAGCCUAAGGAAUCUACGACAAGUGUAAUCCACACAUCUACUCCUGUGAAUAAGAGACCAAAACAAAACAUUGAAGUCCCCAACUCCCCCAGUAAUAAUGAUUUAGAAWAUUUAAUGUACGGCUCACAACAAGCGUCAAUAAGUCCCACAUCCGUCGGUCUUGACGACUUGACAUCGGAACAAACCAUUGGAACGCAGACUUCAACCAGGAACAGUUUCACAGGCGGCGAUGUAAUGUCGAAAAACAAAACAAGGAGAUUUGCAGAGGCUCAAGCCAUCUCGAGUAGUAGUACAGCGAUAGAGGAUCUCAUGUAUGGGCAUCAACGGUCUAGCUCUUCGCCUACUGAAGUCAUCCCAGAAAUGAAGCCGACGGCGUUUGUCAGGGCGAAAACGAUUAUUUCCGCAGACGACGACGGUUCGUCGCAAAAGUCAUCCUCUGACAAGUCAACUACGAUAUACCCUGAUGGUGACAAACGGAAGGUUGCCGAAAAACCUCGUCUCGUCCGUGCGUCAAAACAAAAACGAUACGUCAAACCUUCCACUUCGAUCAUGGACAGUGUACCAGACUGGGAUGCUGCCAACCCCAAUUCUAUCACAACAAACCCCACAUCUGUCAAUGCUGCUAAUUCUGCCAUGAGCAUCGAAUCUAAGGUUGAAACCGAAGUUGUUGAACAAAAUAACAAGAAAUAUGUCCGUCCUUCUUCUUCAGUUAUGAGUGAUGCACCAGAUUGGGAUGCCGCUCAGUCGGCGUUUGCAACCUCGAAUCCUGUUGCUGUCAGUGUUGAAUCUACCACAUCACUUAAAUACGGAAAUGAAUCGGAUGCAAAAAAAUUUCAACCUGAAGUCGAAGAAGCCGAAAGCAUGAAAAAUAAGAAGUACUUUCAGCCCUCUUUAUCCUCUAUGGAUGAUGCACCAGACUGGGACGCUUCGAAGUCUGAUUUGACUAUUUCCAACCCUUCUGUUGUGAAUGUAGAUGGAUCUAAUGUAGCAAAUGAAGCGAUUGACUCUUCCAAGGUUCAAAAUCCCAAGCAAAAGAAGUAUGUUCAGCCAUCUGCCUCAUUGAUGGACAACGCCCCAGACUGGGAUGCUGUCCAGCCUGCUUCUACAUCUUCCAACCCCUCUGUCGUUAAUGUUGACGGAUCGCAUGUAGCAGAUGAAGUGGCAGAUAAUUCGAAGAGUCCAAAUCUUAAGAAAAAGAAGUAUGUUCAGCCAUCUGCCUCAUCGAUGGACAAUGCACCAGAUUGGGAUGCAGUCAAGCCAGCUUCGACAUCUUCCAACCCCUCUGUUGUGAAUGUAGAUGUAACAAAAUCGAAGGCAGAAACCAAGGAUGAGUCCGCUAUGGAAGAUUCCGAGAAGAAAAAGAAGUAUGUUCAACCUUCGGCUUCGUUAAUGGAGAAUGCACCAGACUGGGACGCUGUUAACAAUGCUGCGACAUCAUUAAACCCGUCAGUUGUAAAUGUAGAUUUGACAAAAUCAAAGGCAGAACCAAAGGAUGAGUCCGCUAUGCAAGAACCCAAGAAGAAAAAGAAGUAUGUUCAACCUUCGGCUUCAUUGAUGGAGAAUGCACCAGAUUGGGACGCUGUUCAUAAUGCUGCGACAUCAUUUAACCCGUCAGUUGUGAAUGUAGAUAUAACAGAAACCAAGCCAGAACCAAACGACGAGUCCAUAGUGGAAGAACCCCAGAGGAAGAAGUAUGUUCAACCUUCAGUUUCAUUGAUGGAAAAUGCACCAGAUUGGGAUGCGGUUAAGCCAUCCCUUUCAACUUCCAACCCUUCGGUCGUUAGUGUCGUCGUAUCUUCGAGUCCAGAUGCCAAUUCGAAGACUAAUGUUGGAAAGAAUAAAGAGAUAGAUAAUGUGACUGGACAACCUAAGAAACGACGGUACGUCAAGCCUUCUGUUUCCCUGAUGGACAGUGCGCCUGACUGGAACGCUGUCCAGCCUUCCCUUUCAACAUCCAAUCCUUCUGUUGUCAAUGUUGACGGAAUUAAUAGAAUCAGCGGUGGAAAGCGUUUGGUUCGGUCUUCCGUCGUCAAACCGGAUUCGGAAACUGAUCAGAAGACCCGUGCUGCACCAGCCGACAAGCCGUUUGAGUACAAGCAAGUUCAGUCCAUUCCGAAGGAAAAUCCCGCGGGUGCGAAGCCUGUCCGAGAUGAAGAAGCAAAAACUAAACUCCCUGCUUCUAUUGCGCAUGCUGCUGGAAGUACUUCUGAAGGUUGGACUCCUUCUGCUCACUUUCCAACUGAUGACAAGACCAGUAGCCCUGGUGAUCAGGACUCAAAUACGAAAGAGAGCAGGACUAGGAGUGCGCAAUCGAGCACGAUGGAAAAUUAUGAUCCGGAUGCCUUGCCUAGACCAACAGGCGUCAUUCCUCUCACAGUUUCUAGUAGCACACGAGAGAAGACUCAGUUGUUUCGCGAGGAAUAUUCAUUAGAAGCGGUAGAAGAAGAUGCAGAAAAUGACGGAGAAGAAGAGGAAAACCCAUCAUCAUCCUCACGCAGCGAACCGUCGUUGUCGGAACCAGGGAAGAAGAAACUGUUCUUGUACGAUGGCGGGAAUCCUCAGCCGAAAGAACUCUGGGAAUUUAGCAUCGAUGGGUCUGACACGAGACUUGAUCAACGUUCAGAACAAGAAAUGAACACAACUAAGAAAAAGCUAGUCACCUACGAUGGAAAUUCAGGAAGCGAAGCUAUCAGAAGCGCUGUUGUGGAUAACAAGGACAAAAAUAUCAGUGGAAACGGAAAUGGUCGAGAAUCAGAGAAUGGUUCUAAGUUGAAGGAAAAAACUGUUUCUCCCUUUACAAGGGAAGUGAGUGAUAACGAUCAAGCUGCUGGAUCCUCUGCGACAAAACCAGUGAAAAGUUCAACAAACGAUGGUAUUUCUAUUGAUGCAGAGUCAGAAGAUGUUGAGACGUGACAAGCAUACUAGUGUUAUAGUUAGGGAUUUUUUUAGUCUCCAUGGUCCAAGUGUUGAUCAUUUAUUCAUUAUGGGUUACAGAAAGAGUUUCAGUUCAAAAGUUACAAGGGAGAGCAAAAGAAAACUUAAUUUAAUUU